UAAAGACAACGUGGCUGUGAUUGUGAGACUAGCAGAUGAUCGGAGCUGCUGCUGUUCAGAGGACUUUGGUGUUUGUUGGAGCUGAAGAUCUUCUGCAGCUGCAGGAACCAUGUCUUCAGAACCUCAGGAGGAUUCUGACAGAGAACAACUUUCUGCUGCUGAACGAACCAUCGUCCAGAACCAGGAGGAGCUCUGUGGUCAGAGAGGACUGAUGGAUUCCAGCUGGAACCCGCAGCUUCAGCUCCACAUUACAGUCCUCCCACAACACUGUUUGAUAGAAGAAGAUCUCUGGAACCAACAGAGGAACUUCAGAGAGGAACAGAAUGAUCCAGAACCCAUGCAGACUAAAGAGGAACUGGAUGAGCCAGAACUUUUACAGAGAGAAGAGGAACAGGAGGAACCAGAACCAUCACAGAUUAAAGAGGAACAGGAGGAACCAGAACCUCCUCAGAUUAAAGAGGAACAGGAGGAACCAGAACCUCCUCAGAUUAAAGCAGAAAAGGACGAACCAGAAUCAUUGAAGAUUAAAGAGGAACAAGAAGAACACUGCAUCAGUCGGGAUGAAGAGCAGCUUGAUCUGAAGCAGGAGACUGAAACCUUGAUGGAGAUUCCUACUUAUGAGAACAGUGAAGCAGAUGGAAACAAUCAGCAGAGCUUUUAUGGAACUGAUAAUCAGCAUGAAGAAGGAAACCAACAUGAAGAAUCAACAUCAACUCCAGAUGAAGAGACAGAGCCACAGAACAGAGAUCAGAGGAAGAGAAGAGACAGAAGUCAUGUCCAAAGUGUGGCCAGCUCUCACAUGUCAGAAGUUCAGUGUGACUCUGUUGUUAGAAAAAAGUUCAAGAUGAAAACUUCGGCUAAGAAAUAUAAACAAUGCCAAAAAGAAAAGAGACUUUCCUCUGCAGGGUCUGGUAAAAGAACAAGAAUUCCACAUGAUGUGUCAGUCCACAUGAGAACUACAUCUGAUGAAGGACUUUAUGUCUGUGAGGAAUGUGACAGAAGUUUUAGUCACCUAUCUAAGGUCAAAGUGCACCUGAGAAUCCAUACAGGAGAGAAGCCUUUUUCUUGUGAAGAAUGUGAUGCACGUUUUAGUUGUAAAUCUCAUCUCAAAACACACAUGAGAACUCAUACAGUAAAGAAGCCUUUUUUGUGUAAGGAAUGUGACAUAAGUUUUAAUCAAAUAUUUAAUUUCAAAAAGCACAUGAGAACUCACACAGGAGAAAAGCCUUUUUUGUGUAAAAAAUGUGAUAAAACAUUUAUUUGGUCAUCUCAUCUCAAAACACACAUGAGAACUCAUUCAGGAGAGAAGCCUUUUUUGUGUAAAGAAUGUGAUAAAAGUUUUAAUCAAAUAUCUAAUUUCAAAAGACACAUGAGAACUCAUACAGGAGAGAAGCAUUUUUUGUGUAAAGAAUGUAAUAAAAGUUUUAGUCAAACAUCUAAUCUCAAAAGACACAUGAGAACUCAUACAGGAGAGAAGCCUUUUUUGUGUAAAGAAUGUGAUAAAAGUUUUAGUGAUAAUUCUGGUCUUAAAAAGCACGUGAGAACUCAUACGGGAGAGAAGCCUUUUUUGUGUAAAAAAUGUGAUAAAACAUUUAUUUGGUCAUCUCAUCUCAAAACACACAUGAGAACUCAUUCAGGAGAGAAGCCUUUUUUGUGUAAAGAAUGUGAUAGAAGUUUUAGUCAAACAUCUAGUCUCAAAAGACACAUGAGAACUCAUACAGGAGAGAAGCCUUUUUUUGUGUGAAGAAUGUGAUAAAAGUUUUAGUGAUAAUUCUGGUCUUAUAAUGCACAUGAGAACUCAUACAGAAGAAAAGCCUUUUUUGUGUAAAAGAUGCGAUAAAACAUUUAUUAGGUCAUCUCAUCUCAAAACACACAUGAGAACUCAUAUAGGA